AUGGUCAAGCUUGGACCUGACGUUCAGUUCAUGAAUACCGACGCGUACUCUGGGUACCUCCCCGAGGGCAACAUUUUCGGCUUCAGUAUGAUGCACGAGUCUGGGACAGGAGGAGCGCCAAAGUACGGCGUCGUAAGUCAGAUGUCAGUGGUCGGUGAGGUGCCGGAUCCCCUUGCAGAUCUGUCCCAACCACGAGCAUCGCCAGAUCAAGGGAGUCUUGGCUACUACAAGAGUUCGCUGGCAAAUGGGAUCACAGUAGAACUAGGCGCGACCGAACAUGCCGGGCUUUACACUUACUCUUUUCCAAACGGCACGGCGUCGUCCAUUGUAGUCGAUGUCUCGCACGUACUUCCCAGUUUCAGGGGCCUUGGGUGGGAGCAACACUACUCGGGUGGUAGCUUCAGUAUCGAAGAAGAUGGGCACUAUGAAGGCUCUGGUAUCUAUAACAACGGCUGGAACCUAUCACCAGAUUGGACAAUCUAUUUCUGUGGCCGGUUCAGCAAGCAGCCUGUACGAUCAAGGACUUUUAACGGAGGUGCCAAUGCAUCAGACGCUUCGGUAUCAGGAAGUGCCCGUCUUGGCGGUGUCUUCACAUUCAACGAACCAGAAAUAACAUCCCGAGUCGGCAUCUCCUUCCUCUCUACCUCUCAGGCUUGUACAAACCUCGAAGAAAUCUCCCCAGACACCUCACUCACCACCCUCGUCUCCCGCGCAAAGAACAGAUGGAACAACGAAAUCCUCAGCAAAGUGCAAACCUCCUCCUUCGACACCUCCGAUCUCUCUCUCAUCUACAGCUCCCUCUACGGCGCCUUCCUCAUCCCCUCGAACCGAACCGGCGAAAACCCAUCUUGGAACUCCACCGAACCCUACUACGACGACAUCUUCACUUUCUGGGACACGCACCGCUGCCACACCUCCCUCUUCCACAUCCUGCAACCCACCGCCUACGAAGAGUUCCUCCGCUCUCUAAUCGACGUCUGGCGCCACGACGGCUUCUUACCCGACGCGCGGUCUUCAAACUACAACGGCCGCGUACAAGGCGGUUCAAACGCCGACAACGUGCUCGCAGACGCCUACAUCAAAGGCGUCCGGGGCGCGAUAAACUGGGACGAUGGUUUCGCCGCCAUGCGCACCGAUGCUGAAGUCGUUCCACCCAACAACUUCGACCCUCAAGCGCCUGAUUCCUCGACGAAGGAGGGCCGCGGCGCACUCCCAGAUUGGCUCGAAUACGGAUACAUAACACCAGCUUUCACCCGCGCCGUAUCGCGUGCCGUGGAAUACUCAACCAACGACUACGGCCUCCACGUCGUUGCCGCAGGUCUAGGUAAAACAUCCGAAGCAGAAACCUAUCUAAACCGCUCCCGCAACUGGCGUAACCAGUGGGACCCCAAUGCUUCCUCCUACAACCACACCGGUUUCCUCGUCCCGCGCCUCGCAAACGGCGAUUUCGUUCAACAAGACCCUGCUGAUUGCGGCGGCUGCUACUGGCCCGACGCGUACUAUGAAGACAAUAGUUGGAUCUACAGUAUGAAUGCUAUCCACGACGUCGCCGAGUUGAUAAAGAAAGUAGGCGGCAACGAGCGGUUUGUAGAUCGUUUGAACAAGAUCUUCGAGUUGGGCUUCUUUGACGCCGGGAAUGAACCUAGUUUUACUACGCCGUAUCUUUAUAAUUUCGUCAAGGGGGAGCAGUGGAGAAGUGUUGAGCGGAGUAGGGGUGUAUCAGACUUGUAUAAUGCGGGGGUUAUGGGUUUGCCUGGAAAUUCUGACGCCGGGGCUAUGGAGGCAAAUUUGCUCUGGCAGAUGAUCGGUCUAUACCCAGUGACGGGCCAGACAACUUUUCUCAUUCUCUCCCCAUGGUUCUCAGAACUUACGCUUGAUCUUGGGAACGGGAAGAAACUUACUGUUACGACUGCUUUCAGUGAUGGCGGCGAUCGGAAUACCGCGCCAUAUGUGCAGAGUCUGAAGGUCAAUGGCGAGACGUGGGACAAGGCAUGGGUGGCUUGGGAAGAUGUCUUUGAGAACGGAGGCACCAUGGAGUAUGUGAUGGGAAGUAGUCCCAGUCACUGGGCGACAGGAGAUCUACCACCUAGUCCAGCUUCGGAAUAG